ACAGUGAUGAAUUUCGUAAAAUCUCAAGUGAAUCUAGGCUCGCUCAAAAUGUGUUUCAACAAGCCCAGACGGUGCCUCUUGAAAUGACUUUCAGAGCCAUGUUUCUGAAUAGAGCACCCCAGUGCUCGCUGUGCCAGUCCUGAGAAACGCCGUUCAGCUCCGAGCCCGGCCCCGUGGGCCUCCCAGCACCAGGAUGGUUUCCUUCAUCCUCUGCCUUCUCCCUGCUCUCCUAGCUACGAGUGCACAAGCGUCAACCCUGACAUGCAAAACCUGCUUUGAUUCAGCGGACGCCUGCCGUGCUGCUCAAAGGACCUGCAGAGUAGACAAGGUUACAGGUGGCUGUUUUGCGGUGGCAGAAGAUAUUACACUGGAGGGGACAAAGACCACGGGCUUUGCCAGUCACUGUAUAGAUGACUAUAAUAUGGGAGUUAAAGACCCUGUCACUGUCACUCUUGGGAAUGGCACGUAUCUGCGGAUCAACACCACAUGGUGCAACACAGACAAUAACUGUAACUCGGCUGUACCGGAAGUGCCCACGGGGAGCACCACCUUGAACGGGCUGCAGUGCCCAACCUGCUUGUCUCUGAGCGCCGAUACCUGUGACAGCCACAUCGCCCCUUGUACAGGGGACGAGACCUAUUGCAUCGAUUUCGCUGGGACGAUACAGAAAGGUUCAGAGAUAUCAACAUUUGCUGCAAAAGGCUGCGCUACAGCGUCCACAAAAGUGAUUAAAGUGGGAAUCAGCCUGGCUUCUGCACUCUCUGUGUUCACGUUCACAAAGGCGAUCUCCAAACCUGCGGAGAAAACACCCACCAGUGGGGCCAGCCCGGUUCUGGGGAGAUUCUCCUUCGCCCUCUACCUGCCUGGCCUGACUGGGCUGCUGCUGGUGAAGCUGCUUUCCUGACCCCCGCCCGGCACGGCCCCACAGCACCUGAUUCUUGUGCGUUGCAGCCCGAGCUCUGAAUCGUACGUUAAUUCUAUUGAUUAUUCACAAACUCCCAGUGCUCGCUGGGAGGUCUGACAGGCUCUAGUUCCUAGAUCCGUCCCAGUGUUAUUAAAAUUGCUGUUCAGCUGGGAACCCCGAGGGGGCCGGUCGCAGCCCUCGCACUGGAGGAAACUUCUGUGUUUCUAAUCAUUGAUCAACUCGUUUAGCAGAGUCCCAAAUGCUCCAGCCCAGGAAGGGGGACAGCAGUAAUACAUGUGAGCUGUUCCGUUCUCGCACCGCCCCUUGCAGAACAACCGGAAAUGUUAGUCAUUAUCUUCCUCCUCACCAGCACCUUCCUCCUCCUCACCCAGGUCCGUGAUCCGGUGUUGCAGCGCAGGCGUGCGUGGACAGAGCUCGACCAUCAAUAUGAUUUA